AACAGAGGGCCGAAACCAGUCACUUCCAAUGCAGGUGAAGUGUUUGACGAAACCACUGGUAGAUUAUGCCUACUCAACUCUUCUACGAAGUACAAGGUAACUCUCGGCGAAAUUCAGCGACGUUUGUCUCAUCCUGAAACGUUGCAUGCAAGUCUUGUGAACAGUAUUCUGAGGAAGGCAAAAUUGAAGGACGGAUGUAGAGUGUUACGUGACAGGUUGGCUGAGAAAGGGGUAACUUUGCCGCGAGGGCGCCGAAAGACUGCAACAACCACGACCUUCACAGCUCUUUGUGAAACCGAAGCAGUGCUAAUGGCUCGUGAUUUCGAUUGCCUCUGCAGGAACUCUCUUAACACGUGUGCUAUAGCUCGUCGUUCUAACCAGAUGACUUACUCUCUUCCAGAGUUGGAUGGGGCAAGCCGUGUGUUGGCAGGAAUACUGGGCGCCUUUGAGGAUGUACCUGAGAAGCCUGAAGACUAUGUAGAGAGGGAUGCUUCCAGUUACACAAUCAACAUAUUGAGCCUGCUCACACAUGGUUUUGGUCACAACGCCGUGAAAACAGUGAUUAGAUUAUUAAUGGAAAUUAUUGAGCAACAACGGCAUAUGAUUCAUGCGGGGCCACUCGCAUAUAAUCCGUUCUCGGAACCCAAACCUCUUUUCAUGUGA